UUACUAUUUCAAAUGCUUAAUCACUGAAAUACUACCACACAUAAAAUUGUUCACAAUCAUUGCAUAUAUGCACUGAAUGUUACUUUAAAUAGGUGCGAUUGGCUUGCUCUUGAUUUGCACUUAUAAAUACCAAGUCAUCCUGCAAGUGACUUCAUAAAGGGAAACCGAGCUCAAUUACUUACGUGUUUUAAUCGUGAGCUGGCAUUCCACACCCCAAGGAGAGGAAAGACAAUAUCUUAUAUGACUUUUGAACGAUUAAGUGAACAACCUGCGAAAAAAAGCGCACCUCCAAUUCCACAAAAGCGAAGUAAAAGCUUUCAGCUGUGUAUGAAAAACCAGAGGCGAACUAUUAGUCACCGGACUUCAAGUAACAGGCAUCGAAAGUUACAGCCGUUCAGGUACACGUGAGCCGAAUACUUUGCCGUGGCAAAAGACUUCUGAUAAUUACAAAAAUUACAAAACACCAAUUAAUUAUAACAAAAAUAUAAAAUAAA